UAUAAAUAAGGGAUGCUCAGAAUGUUUUGGUUACACCUGAUUAGAGGUUUGAGAGGUGGUGACAAACCUGCUGUAUAAAUCUUUUGUUGCAGCUGCAAGAAAAACGAUUUCUGGCUAAAAUUUAACAAUGGGUAACAAGACACCUUCAAGAAGCAAUUCAGGAUGUCUUAACGAAAUAAACAAAACAACAAUAUUCAAACAGGAACAGCCCCAAACCUGGUGUUGCUGUUGUGAAAAACAGGUGUCAUACAGAAUCCCAGCUCUCGUCUAUCUUAGUGUCGACCAAACCUUCCUUGCCUUUGCUGAAAAGAGAAAAACAUUAAGUGACACAAACGCAGAAGUGCUUGUGCUGAGAAGAGGAACAUGGAAGGAUGCCAAGAAUCAAGAAGUUGAGUGGGACAGUGGGCAUCAGGUGCUCUCUUCAGCUUGUCUACCAAACCACCGCAGCAUGAAUCCAUGUCCGGUCUAUGAAAGAGAAUCCAAGACCCUCUUUCUGUUUUUUGUUUGUGUUCCUACUCGGGUCUCUGAAUAUGAACAAAUACGGACAAACAAGAGCCAGGGACGACUUUGUUACGUUACCAGUACAGAUGCUGGCAAAACCUGGAGCCAUACUAUAGACUUGACAGCAGAUGUGAUCGGUGAGAAGAUGAAAGAAUGGGCUCCAUUUGCUGUUGGACCAGGACAUGGUUUUCAAAUGAAGAGUGGAAGACUGAUUAUCCCAGCAUAUGCUUAUCGGUACACAGGCAAACCUGAUUGCACAUCAUGUUGUUGCUUAUCGUUUUGCUGUUUCACUCCUUAUGCCUUAGCAUUCUACAGUGAUGAUCAAGGAAUCACAUGGAAGGUGGGGAACCAAAUGGAUGUUGAGUCGUGUGAGUGUCAGAUGGCUGAGAUCAUUGACGAGAAAGGUAUGAGUACUCUGUACUGCAAUGCCCGAACCCGUCUUGGCUACAGAACGGAGGCACUAAGCUACAACUCUGGAGAGGAUUUUAGCACAGUUUUAUCCCCAAACAAGCUGAUAGAGACCGGAAAGGGAUGCCAAGGGAGUGUGUUGAGUUUUCUAGAACAGAGUAGUCCUCCAAAGACAUGGUUGCUCUAUUCUCAUCCGUCCAAUCCAAAAAACAGAGUAGAUCUUGGUCUCUACUUGAAUAAAACCCCAGUGGAUUCCUCAGGGUGGCCAGAUGAACCUAUAAUGAUAUUGCAUCAUGGUCCCAGUGCGUAUGCAGAUCUGGUAGAGCAUGAGCCUGGACGCUUUGCUUGUCUCAUGGAGUGCGGAAAGGAACAUGAGAAUGAAGAAAUAGCCUUUUUGCUGUUUGAACUCCCUGUGAAAAAGCUGUAAAAGUGUUUAUUUAUAGUAGUGGUAGUACCUGCAAAUGAAUACAAUACAUCUAAUCACAACAAAUCCAUAUUUUCUCUGUUUUUGUAGCUGAAAACUGCUUCUAUAAAUACUGAUUUGGAAAAUGGGAUUUAUAUGGAACCAAACAAAUGCAAUAUAUAUACAGAUAAUUAGAAUAAUAGUCAUUAUCAGAUAUUUAGAAGUUAUGUAUUAUAUAUAAUUAUUGAACAGAUCUAACAAUUCACAUUCAAUUUAUAUAAUAGACAAUCUGAUGAAUAUAUGGAUUUAUAUCUCUGAUUUGCUUUCGAUGCAUUUGCGGCAGAGAUAUUUAAAUAAACUUUCAAAUAACAUGAACAUGGUGUCUCCUUAUUUCAAAAAGUUAUAAAUAUCUCAUAUUGAUAUUCUGCUGUGCAGAACUUAUUGCUUUGUUUAAGAUUUUGUUCCCCAUAAAAAGGCAGUUAGAUUAGAGUCUUGCUGUAAUAAAAUCUAGCAUUUUAAACUGUAUGCAUGUGUAGAAAACACUAGCAUUCAAAAACAUCUGUUUCUCAUGAGAUACGUGCUGUACCACGUCCAAAGGUCAGUGAAAAACUCUUCCCACCCAAAGGAAGUAUCUGAUGAUAACAUUCCUUGGAGUCCUGCCUGGAAUACAGAGGCUUCACAAUUCUGUCUGCCCGUAACAAUAGUACUGUGUACAGUAUGUUUCACUUAACAAGUCAUAGCCUACCUACUUUACUCCUAUCUGAACUACUGCCUUCUAUACUACUAUCACUAACUCUUUUGUUUCUCCAUACCUCCAUUUAGUUAAGUCCAUAUCUUCAUUCUCUCUCUCACUGUUACCAUCACUACUUCCUUCCUGCAGAUCAGCUUGUUGUCACUCCAGGUGUAGAAGUUAACAGGCACCAAGGAUCUUAGCUAUUUCUGCUAUUAGAAUAUGUGGCAUA